UUUUAAGGGAAUAUAAACACAAAUGCAUAUUACAACACAUAGUGUGCAGAACUACUGUCUUUUUUGGACUUAGUAUUACUUACAAAUAUACAGAUGUAGAAGAAUUAAAUUAAGAUAUACACAGGCUAGAUAAAGAUACAAGACCCACAUGUAAGGUUUUGUUGCUACGUACUACAUAGUUUACACACACUGGCCACCUUUAUUUAAACACCACUCUCUAUCUCUCCUUCUCUCGACCAUCAACACCAUCAUAAUCUCUUUCUUCUUCUACAAACAAUAUAGUCAUGGCAAAGUCUCUAGCUGGAGUGGCGCUUUUAGCCGCUCUUUUUAUAACGGUUGAUGCGUUUAGGCCUUCUGGUUUAACCAACGGUCACGCCACAUUCUAUGGAGGGAGUGACGCUUCAGGAACAAUGGGCGGAGCUUGUGGGUACGGAGAUCUCUACUCGGCGGGGUAUGGGACAAUGACGGCGGCGUUAAGCACGGCUCUCUUUAACAACGGAGCUUCGUGUGGAGAAUGCUAUAGGAUAACGUGUGAUUACGCCGCGGACUCGAGGUGGUGCAAGAAAGGAGCUUCGGUUGUUAUUACAACAACUAACUUCUGCCCACCAAACUUUGCUCUACCGAGCAACAACGGUGGUUGGUGCAAUCCGCCGCUAAAACAUUUCGACAUGGCACAACCUGCUUGGGAAAAGAUCGGGAUUUACAGAGGCGGGAUUGUUCCCGUCGUUUUCCAAAGAGUAAGCUGUUAUAAGAGAGGAGGAGUGAGAUUCAGAAUAAACGGAAGGGAUUACUUCGAGCUAGUGAACAUAUCGAACGUAGGAGGAGCUGGUUCCAUUAAAUCUGUAUCCAUUAAAGGAUCAAAGACUGGUUGGUUAGCCAUGUCUCGCAACUGGGGAGCUAACUGGCAAUCAAACGCUUAUCUCGAUGGUCAAUCUAUCUCUUUCUCAAUUACCACUACUGAUGGUGCUACAAGAGUCUUCCUAAAUGUUGUUCCUUCUUCUUGGUCCUUUGGACAGACUUAUUCUUCCAGGGUUCAGUUUUAAAUACUUUUUUUUUCCUUUUCUUCCCUGUCUGGAAGAUUGUUGGCAGUGGUCGCGCUUUGAGUCUAUUCUUUUCUCCCGGAGCGACCCGCCCGCUUUGUUGUUAUUAUUAUUAUUUAUUUUUUUUUUUAACACAAACUUUCUUUAGUUAAAUCAACUCGAAGAACUACAAUAACAAGAAGGAAUUAGACAUCCUCUUGGAAAAUAAACAUAAGCUACAACAGCAAUUCAGAUUAAACAUGAUAAUUCUUCAUCAGAAGAUGACAACGAAUUCAAGACAAAGCUUGAAUACGUCGAGGAAGCAUGUAAGACAAGGUCCAACAGCUAAGAUUUAGUCACCUUAUGUUGUGACGUUGAAAGCCAACCCUUACAAACGAGAGAAACCGAAAUAGUCUCGAUUGCAUCUUCUGGCUCCGUACAGACCGCUACACAAGGUAACAAACCGGUGAGUAAGUUGAAGCAAACUCUCGGUAUUAAACCCGAGGAAUCAUCUCCUUUCACAGAAAAGAGGCAUGGUAAUAAGAUUCUCUCCUUUGUAGAAGAGGAUGAUAGUACCGGUAACAAAGUCAGUGAAUCCACCGAACAAUUCAUCCUAUAAGAGUGAUAUAACAAUAAGGGCAUAAUAUAGAUCCCAAGGAACCCCUCAGAAUUCUUUAAACUAGUCAAAAUAAUCAAACCCGUGGUUAGUUGACUCUCGUUGUGAUACGCAGUGGGUAUUGAUUGACUAAGCAAAGGGCUGCUUUCUCUUUAGUGGUACUGGGCCAGGCCCACAAACAAUUGAAAUUCGGCCCAUUAACAACCAGCCUGGCUGGAGAAACCCUAGAUCCGGGAUGGGAGGCGGAGCUGGAAUGGAGAACAUCGGGUCUGAGCUUGUAGACAAGGGUGUGUGCGGCAAAGCUAAGGAGCACUUCGUUGUCGGGAUGAAGGACGGUGGCGCAAGAUGGAGGAGAGAAGGCUAUGAUAGUUGGAAUGUUGGGGGUUGAGCAGCCGCCGAGAAGAGAAAAGGAACCCCGUUUAUAACUCAAAGAUGAUGCACUGCAGUGGCCUGUGUUCUUUAUGGCUGAGUUUUGAUCUUUAUCCGAGCGUAGCUCAGAUCCGGAACAUCCCACGGAGGGCCUCUCAGAUCUGGAGUGCAUGUGAAGGGCGAACUCAAAGUAGGGAAGGAGGUGAAAGGUGGACCUUGUACAGCUUUUUCGGAAGACCCCGGUGAAGGAUGCAGUUCCGGUGGUCUUGAAAACCUGAGCAGAGACCACGAGUCUUCUCGAGUUUCGACGGCACCAGAUUUAGAGAAACUGAUUUAGUAAGUGCGAAGCAAGAAACAAGACGAGAGCUUUGACUUGGAGUGAGAGAAACCAUGAGGAAGAUGUAGCAGAUUUCCCGACGCCGGCGGCCUCUAGCCUUGACGGCGUCGAGAAGCAGCGGUAGCGGCGUUGUCUCGAUUCUUUUUUGUUAUUAUUAUAUAUUAUCUGAUUUGAUGCACUUUUCUGUUGAUGUUUGUUUAAAACUUAUAAAUACAAUAUUUUCUAAAAUUACCAUAAGAAAUUGUUAUAGAAUAUAGAGGAUGCAAGAAAAUAACAAGGAAACAAAUGAAUAACGCGAUGAUGUGUUAUGUCCAUGGACCAUGAACAAAGAUAAAUCUAAUCUAUUAAUUUAGGGUUAUAUCUUUUAUCUACUUAUAAAUGUUGUUAGACCAAUUCACUAAAAAUUUAAUAUGUCUUAACCUCAUGAUGGCACAUUGCAGAUGGUACCGUUAUGGAAACACUACUGUGCAGAGGCAUCCGGGCUUGUGUAUGUAGUCGACAGCAGGGACAGAGAGCGAAUGGAAGAGACAAAGAGUUUCCUUUACAUGGUGAUGGAUGAGGUAACAAACCAUGUCCCUUUUAAACAUCUAGCAAGUUCUAUAUAAUGCCAAUUUUUUUUAAUUCCCUAGAUUUAGAUACAGGGGAAGGUACCGGACAAUAUGGCUGUUCUUGUUUAUGCAAACAAGCAUGAGGUUCCUGGUGCCAUGUCUGCUUCUGAGAUCAGUAACGAACUUGAUCUCGCUUCUCUUCGUCAGAGAAACUGGCAAAGGAACUAGUAAGAAGAUAUAUACAACCUUCUCAAGCCAAUAAUCCUGCCAAAUAAGAUUUGAUUCUUUUGAUGAUCUGUGUUUUGGUAUUUGCGUGUAAGGCAUGUCCACAAAACUUUAACAAGUCACAACACUCUUCUUGAGUUAUAAGGUCUUAAUAACAAACCUCUCUUUGAGUUGG